GUUAAAUUAAAUAUUAGAGAUCUGCUACAAAAAUCUUCUGGAGAUGUGGUUUUUAAUUCCGUGUUUAGGUUUCUUAGGAAAACAGGUCUAAUAGGGAGAUUAUAGGGAUUAGACAUCUGGUUCAUACUCCAGUCCAGAAGGUGGCGGUAAUGCACCUGAAAGUUGUUUGCCAACCGCCAUAAAACAAAAAGAAGAAGAAGAAGAAGAAGAAGAAGAGCGGAAAGGAGGGCUCCCUCCUCUGGCUCAGACCGUUACAGCCCCACCCUUUUCCGCCUCUGCAGAUCUCUGUCGCAGCGCUAAACGUCGCAUGAAUCUAUAUUUCGGACGGAGAGAUCGACUCAACCAGGAAAUGGCUUCUUCUCUUCCUGCGUCUCUGUUCCUGCUGUCUGUGGUUUUCUGCCAGUUUGUUUCUGCUGCAGAUCAGAACAACGUGAAAAUCAAAGCUACAGUUGGAGAGAGCGUCAUUCUGCCAUGUAAAGAUCCUGACCAGGAGGAGAUUAUAGUUGCAGAGUGGAACAGAACUGACCUGAAGUCAGGAUUUGUCCUCCUGUACAGAGAUUCACAGUUUGAUCCAGCAAACCAGGAUCCAUCUUACAGGAACCGGGUUGAUCUGCUGGUUGGUCAGAUACAGAAAAGAGACUUUUCUUUGAUUCUGCAGAACACAACGACUGAUGACAGCGGAACGUAUAAAUGUCACGUUGUUAAAUCGGACCUUAUGAAGAAACGGAUCAGCUCCGUCAGCCUGGUUGUAGCUCCUCCUCCUCCAGAACCGUUUCCAGUCUGGGCCACAGUUCUACUGGUUCUACUGGUUGCUGCUGCAAUUUAUUACUUGUUCCAUUGGAGUCCAAUCCAACAGGUGGAGGUGGAACCAGGGAGGGAGUCUGUCCUGCUGCUCUUAAAAGUCCCACGCUGCCUGUGGUUCUGUAAAUACAGAAUCUUCCAGCAUGUGGCUAAAGUGGAGUGGAAGGACGAAUACAACAGGACGGUCCAUGUGUAUCCGAACGGUUCUGAUCAGUCUGGAGAACAGGACCUGAUCUACAGAACCAGAACCAAGAUGGAUGAAAACCUGCUGAAGACUGGAGACCUCAGUCUGACUCUAAAGUGGCCCACUGAGAGAGACGAGAAAAUCUUCACCUGCAGAGUCUAUAACAGGAAGGGAGAAAAACUGAUGGAGAAACACGUCUGGCUAAAGGUCAAAGUCCUACAGGUGGUGGUGGAAUCAGGGGUGGAGUCUGUCCUGCUGCCCUGGAGAACCACAGAGGAUCUGGAUGGGGACGUUAAGGUGGAGUGGAAGGACGGAGACAACAGGACGGUCCAUGUGUAUCAGAACGGUUCUGAUCAGCCUGGAGAACAGGACGAGUUCUACAGAACCAGAACCAAGAUGGAUGAAAACCUGCUGAGGACUAAAGACCUCAGUCUGACUCUGAAUCGGCCCACUGAGAGAGACAGAGGGAUCUUUACCUGCAUCGUCUAUAACAAAGCUGGAGACAUCCUGAUGAAGAAACAAAUUAAUCUGAAGGUCGAAGUCCUACAACAGGUGGAGGUGGAAUCAGGGAAGGAGUCUGUCCUGCUGCCCUGCAGAACCAGAGAGGAUCUGGAUGGAGACGUUAAGGUGGAGUGGAAGGACAGAUUCGACAGGACGGUCCAUGUGUAUCAGAACGGUUCUGAUCAGCCUGGAGAACAGGACGAGUUCUACAGAACCAGAACCAAGAUGGAUGAAAACCUGCUGAAGAAUAAAAACCUCAGUCUGACUCUGAGUCGGCCCACUAGGAGAGACGAAGGGAUCUUUUCCUGCAUCGUCUUCAACAGAGACGGAGACAUCCUGAUGGUGAGACGAAUUUGGCUCGAUGUCGAAGUCCAACAGGUGGAGGUGGAAUCAGGGGUGGAGUCUGUCCUGCUGCCCUGCAGAACCACAGAGAAUCUGGAUGGAGACGUUAAGGUGGAGUGGAAGGACAGAUUCGACAGGACGGUCCAUGUGUAUCAGAACGGUUCUGAUCAGCCUAGAGAACAGAACCAGAUCUACAGAACCAGAACCAAGAUGGAUGAAAACCUGCUGAAGACUAAAAACCUCAGUCUGACUCUGAGACGGCCCAGAGGUGAAGACAGGGGGACCUUUACCUGCAGCCUUUACAACAGGAAUGGAGACGUCCUGAUGAUGAAAGACGUCUGGCUAUGGGUCAAAGUCCCAGAGGUGGAGGUGGAAACAGGGGAGGAGUCUGUCCUGCUGCCCUGGAGAACCAGAGAGAAUCUGGAUGGAGACGUUAAGGUGGAGUGGAAGUACAUGGACAACAGGACGGUCCAUGUGUAUCAGAACGGUUCUGAUCAGCCUAGAGAACAGAACCAGAUCUACAGAACCAGAACCAAGAUGGAUGAAAACCUGCUGAAGAAUAAAAACCUCAGUCUGACUCUGAGAUGGCCCACUGGGAGAGACGGAGGGAUCUUCACCUGCAGCGUCUACAACAGAGACGGAGUCAUGCUGAUGAAGAAACAAAUUAAUCUGAAGGUCAAAGCCCUACAGGUGGAGGUGGAAACAGGGGAGGAGUCUGUCCUGUUGCCCUGGAGAAUCACAGAGAAUCUGGAUGGAGACGUUAAGGUGGAGUGGAAGGACAAAGACGACAGGACGGUCCAUGUGUAUCAGAACGGUUCUGAUCAGCCUGGAGAACAGAACCAGUUCUACAGAACCAGAACCAAGAUGGAUGAAAACCUGCUGGAGAAUAAAGACCUCAGUCUGACUCUGAAUCGGCCCACUGAGAGAGACAGAGGGAUCUACACCUGCAGCGUCUACAGAGACGGAGUCGUCCUGAUGAAGAAAGAUGUUGUGCUCUGGGUCGAAGCAGGGACAGACCGGGUCCAACCAGAGGACACCAGGACCGGAAGCAACUCUAUUGAUCAGCCUCUACUGGGUGAUCAAUUAGUCUGAUCAGGUUGAUCAAUCUAUGAUUAUUGAUCCAGCCAGACUUUGGAUCAGAGCCGAUCUCAGUGAAGGUUCUGAUGGACCAACAGAGGACACUUCCUGGUCCUCUGGUCCAGUCUGCAGCCUCUUAUUGAUCACUAUUGAUUAUUGAUGACAGAAUGAAGAUCUGAAGGAACCAGUUCAUGACUGGAACUGGAACUGGUUUGGAUCCAUCAGGGAGGAGAACAGUUCAGUUUGACCCAGGACCUCAUCAUCAUCAUCAUCAUCUUCAUCAUCAUCUUCAUCCUUUUUCUCUUCAAACCCAAAAAUCUCUGAAUUUUUUGCUUCCAGUCCAGAAUUUGGAUCUUUAGUUUAGAGCUGCACUGAUUGUAAUUUUCUGGCCGAUUAUAAAUCUUUAAAAUUUGACCUGCUGGUUCUAAUUUUGGCCUUUUUUUCUGAAAUGUUGCUGCAUAUCAGGAGAAAGUUGCUGAGUUGCCAACAGACUGACUGCAAACAUUGAGUUCUGACCCGGUGGGCCGGUCUGCCAGUCAAACGUCUCUCUGAUUUCUAGACCUUCGCUGAGGAAGAGAAAAUCGUCUUCAUGUCUAAAUAUCGGCUGAUAUUUCAGGAAAUCAGCUCAGAUAAAAUGACUGGCAGAGAAAUUGUUGCACCAAAGAAAACCUGGAAAUAUUUUGUUCCUUUAUGGUUCAUGUAAAGUCCAGUUACACUUAUUGCAUUUAUUAAUCUUUAUUACAUUAUAAUGCAGAUUAUUCUAGUCCUGGAUUAUAAUCUAACUCUGACAAUCAUCCUAAAGUGUCCAUCUGGUUUCUAUAUGAAUCCUGCCUUAUUAAUGUUUUCAUUAUAAAUAAUAGAAGCUUCUUUAUUUCACUUUUUUAUUUUAGACACAAUUUGAUUGUAAAAGUGAAAACCUACUAACACCAUAAACUGUUAUUUUAUAAAAUACAGAAUUUGAACAUAGUUCCAGAUUUCUGAUCACUAAAUGUUUUCAUUUCUGACUGAAAUAUAUUUUAUGCCUCAUUUUAUCCAUUUGUUACAUUUUGCUUUCAUGUUAAUGUGAAUUUAAAGACAAAACUUUGAAUUUUAAACCUCCAGAAUGAAGAUCUAAUUUAUUACCAAAAGAUCAUGAAAUAAUUUGAUCACUAAUAUAAUUAUUCAAUAUAUUUAGUCAGACAUCAGCUGAAGCUCUAGAAUGAGUUUUUCUAUACAUGUUACUAUUUACAGUGUUCAUAUUCUAUGCUUGUAUAUCUACUAUAAUGAUAUUUCAUGCUUGUAUUUUUUAUUAUGAAUUUUUAGAUUUAUUUUACAUUUUCUCGGCGCUUUAAGGCUGAAUGAAUCUGAUUCUCUGGUUUCUGAGUUUUUCUCUGCUGGUUUUAUUUUCAGUCAGGAUGAAAAAAUAUUUUUUAUUUUAAAUCUGGAUGUUUCCUGAAUCUGCAGAAUCAAAUUGAGAAUCAUUUGAAUUAUUGAUCCCUAAUAACAGAUGAACUGAUUGGUACUGAAGGUUAAUCAAUAUUUAUUUAAUCAUAAAUAUCUAUUUCACUGGCUGGAAUCCAUGGAUAUACAGAGUUUUUAUUAAUUUGGCUGGAAAAUAACGUUUUAUUUUCAGACCAAAUCAGUUUCCAGAUUUUAUAGAUUUUUUUAGUUUAAAAUGAAAACAGAAAAUAUUUUCAAAACUUUGUUUUCUUUACUGAUUUAUUUCGUCCCUUCAGGGAGUCGACCUGAAUCCAAACUAAAACAUCCUGGUUGGUCCUGAUUUCACUCUGAACUACAGAAAACCAAAAAAAAUCCAGAUUUUCCAAAAAUUAAAU